CAGAUGAGCAGCCGACAAAAUGGAAGCGCCCACGUUCAAGUGAACGAUGCUCAAAUCAAUGUCGUUGUUAAUGUUAGCGAACAUUUCUAGACCUAGAUUGUAUUCUAAGCCUCUAUUCUUAAAUUUUUGUCGAAAAGUGAAUUCUAGGAUGACCAGAUAUAUUUAUGUAACUCGAAAGAUAUCACCCAAGGCGUUGGAUAUUCUGAAAAAGAGGUACAGUGUUACCAUGUGGGAAAGUGAGGACCCUGUGCCAAGAGAUGAGCUCUUAAAAAGAAUUGUGGGAUGUGAUGGGCUGUACUGUCUUAUAACAGAGAAGAUUGAUGCAAAUGUUAUAGAUGCCGCAGGAACUAACCUGACGACAAUCAGUACAAUGUCUGUUGGGGUUGAUCACAUCGACUUACCCACCUGCAAACAGAGAAACAUUAAAGUAGGCUUCACUCCAGAUGUUCUCACAGAUGCCACUGCAGAGCUGACUGUCGCCCUCUUGCUAGCAACUUCACGGAGAAUAGUUGAAGGUGUGAAUGAGGUGAAAAGUGGUGGUUGGGGAAGCUGGAAACCUUUUUGGAUGUGUGGUCCAGGGCUGUUGGGAAGCACUGUUGGUAUCGUUGGCCUAGGAAGAAUAGGCCAAGCAGUAGCAAAUAGGCUAAAGCCAUUUGGUGUUACAAGAUUUUUGUAUAAUAACAGGAAUCCAAAACCUGAAGCGGACAUAAUUUCUGCAGAGUUUGUUUCAUUUGAGCAACUACUGGAGCAGAGUGACUUUGUUAUUAUAUGCUGUGCUUUGAACCCCGACACCAAAGAAAUGUUCAACCGACAUGCUUUUAAGAAAAUGAAAUCAUCAGCCAUCUUGGUGAAUACAAGCAGAGGGGGUGUUGUACAACAGGAGGAUCUAUAUCAUGCAUUAAAAACAGGUCAGAUUAGAGCUGCAGGACUUGAUGUGACCACACCAGAACCACUUCCUACAGAUCACAAACUCCUUACUCUAAAAAACUGUGUUGUUCUUCCACACAUAGGCAGUGCAACUGAAGACACAAGAGAAGCAAUGUCAGUAUUGGCUGCGGAGAACCUGGUGGCUGGUCUAGAGGGCUCACCAAUGCCCUAUCAAUUCAACUUGUAAAUUAAGUAUUAAUAUAAAGAGAGAGCUAAAUUUUUUCAAACAUUUGAAUCUGCCUAUGGUAUUCUGAGUUUGGUGAUAAUCAAUUUGUUUUUCUAAGAAAGAUGGUUAGCAUUUUUUUAAAUGUUCAGUUGCCCCAAACAAGGCCAAGGGCCACUCAAGUUAAGGGUUUAAGAUAGUUGAAAACAAAACAGAUGACAACGAAAUUUGGAAUUUGUAAGAUGAAAGGAAAUUGGAAAACAAUCAGCAAUCAGCUGGCAAAGUAUUACAAAGAGAAGCCGAACGAUGAACAAAGGAAUUAGGAAAUUUAAGAGUAAAUCGGGUGUUUCUGGAAAGCAUAUGAACAGGUGACAUAAGUUGGAAAAGCUUCUCAGAGCAAUGGCAAUGAAAAUAACGAUCAAGUAAAAUAAGACCAGCAAUACUGCACCGAUAAGCCAAAGGUUCCAACCUAGAACCCAGCUCUGAUCUGAUCAGGUGGAUAACUUGACCUGCUUCAAUCAUCCAGCCUUCUGCAAAGUGCUUUUUGCCAUGCUUUUAAUGUGAUCCUCCAAUUUGGAGAUGAAGAGCUGUCAGCUAUCGAACAUCAUUUAGAAGUUUGUUGUCUUCAAGAUGGUUGACAUUGACUUCACAUAACAACUGCUUAAAUAUUUUGCUAAUGAUGGGAAUAAGGUUGAUGGGAUGGUAACUCUUGAGGGUCACACUUUUUGCUGUCUUUCUUAGAAAUGUUUUAAUUCCGACAAUCUAUGGGGAAUUUUUUAUUCCAAUUUAUCUAGUAAAUUAAAUUAUGGACAUAAUUGAAAUGGGAUGUAACUGUAUAGUAACUGAAAUAUAACAAUAUGUACUGUACAACUGUAUAAACAAAACAAAUAUUAUAUAAGAACAUUUUACCUUUCAGAGUAGUUUAUUGAAUAUCAUGUCAUUGACAAAAAAUUUUCAAGAAUAAUAUAUAAUAUGUUAACAGCAAUUUGUCUGAAGUAAAGUCCAUUGGCAAUUACCUUGGAAAAUUAAUGGGUUUCACACACCUAUACAUGAUUUCAUACUAUUUUUUACAUUUUUUAGGAGUUUGUCCCCUUUAAAUACCCCUGCAUAAAGCAAAUGUUGAUGAUAAAUACUGUAUUAUUUUCCAAUAGUUGUGCAAAUUAAAAGAAAUAACCCCAUAUUUAUGCAUCACUAUUUUAAAUAAGACCUGAUCCCUGUGAGAUUGCAUAAAAUCUUGCAGACGAAAUUAUGUCUAAAUGAAAGCAAAUUAAAAAUUUCUUAUAAUUACAAAAUUAUCCAAACUUAUAACUGUAGAAAUAAUAUCACACUAAUUGCACAAAUCCCAAUGACAAAAAUGAAUAUAGAACUGAAAAAUAAUUAUCAAACAAGUUUAAAAAAUUACAAAAGUUUUAGGAGAAUUUUGCAGUAUAAAUUUAAAAACUGGAAGAGAUUUUAAAACUGGAAGAGAUUGAAAAGUGAGCAACAGCUCCCUCUAUUAUAGAGGGAGCUGUUGCUCACUUUAAAUUAUGCACAUGUCAAUAAUAGACAUGAAAAAAAAGAAUGACCAUUUCAAUGCAUUAAUGUACACAAUGCUAUAUCAAAAUAUGCAACCAAUUACUGAUGGCAUUCAAGGUUUAUAUGCAAACAACAGAUAUGAUAAUUAAGCUAAUUAACAAUUGUAUCAUAACUAAGCACCAAUCAUAAUUAACAUGUUUUAUUUUCUCUUUACCAAGGUGUUCAAUAUUAUUAAAAUGCAAUUUACUUAUGGCCUUGGGAAAUGAAAGAAUAAUGCAUUGUUCAGCUAGUACAAUAAUUUAUGCACAUAUAGUUUGCAUUAAUACAAAAUUACCUUGAAAUAUGUUGUAUAUAUAGUACACAGAUAAUUAAAAUCGCAUUAUUGGGAAAACUGAAAUUAAACCUUGAAGAAUCACAGUUUUAAAAAACAUUCCCAUAAAUUCACAAAUGAUCGGACAAGCUCCAACAAUCAGGCCAUUUGUAUUAUAAUAACAACAUCAGUCUAUGUCAGUCACAACGUGGAGGUCCCUUUGGAAUGUAAUCUCCGAAAGACUUGGCAAAUGCGUGAAUAAAUUCACAAGUAUGUCAAGAAAUGGCUGACAACAUUCUCAUUGAGCUUAUAAAUUAACUCCUUUUACCUAUUUUUCUGCAUAUUACGAAAAUUAGAAAUUUAAAUUAUUGAGUAUUGGGAUGCAGGCCAUGACUUAGAAUCUGGAAAACAAGGGUUUGGAUAAGAUGUUUCACUAUCA